AUGGGGGAAGAAGGCAAGCCCAUCCCUCGCCAUGAGUAUGAGUACCCGACGGCCGCGGUCGACGGACCAUACCAAAUCCUCCCCCAGUAUCAUUCCAAGCCGGCACGAUUCAGAAUCGCGUGUGCCGGUGCCGGCGCGUCGGGCUUGUGCCUCGCAUACAAACUGCAGAAGAUGAUGGUCCCCGGGUCGUGGGAGCUGACCAUCUUUGAAAAGAACGACAGCAUCGGCGGCACGUGGUACGAGAACACAUAUCCCGGGGUGGCCUGUGACAUUCCCGCACACAUCUACACCUUCACCUUCGACCCCAACCCCAACUGGUCUCAAUACUACGCCCAGGGUAAGGAGAUCCAGGAGUACUUUGAAGGAUUUGCCGACCGACAUGGGUGUCGCGAAUACGUCAAGUUGAACACGAGGGUCGUCCGGGCAGAAUGGCAGCCCGACACUUCCACGUGGAAGUUGACGCUCCGGGAUGAAAAGACCAAAGAGAAAUGGCAGGAUUGGGCUCAUUGUUUUGUAAAUGGCACUGGCAUCUUAAAUAACUGGAAGUGGCCCGACAUUGCCGGCCUCGACACUUUCCAGGGCACCUUGAUACACUCCGCCGCGUGGAAUCAUGAUGUCGACCUCACCGACAAAGUGGUCGGGGUGAUCGGCUCUGGAUCCAGCAGCGUGCAGAUUGUCCCCGAACUGCAAAAGAUCUGUAAGCAGGUCCAGGUCUUCAUAAGAAGCCCGACGUGGAUCUCGGGUCCAUUUGGCGCCGGUCCCAUGGCCAACGACUUUACCAAUCAUCAGGCCUCGCAGUAUUCCUUCCGGGAGGAAGACAAAGAGAAAUUCCGCGCCGACCCCGCGUAUCAUCUAGAAUUUCGCAAACGGACAGAGGCCGAGUUCAACACCUUGUUCGGCGCGUAUCAACAGGGAUCCGAGCUAAACAAAUACUUCCGUCAAGUGUUGACCGACCUGAUGACGGAGCGGCUGGGGUCGGACCAUCAGGAACUGCGGGACUUUAUCAUUCCAAAGUUCUCUCCCGGCUGUCGGCGUCUGACUCCCGGCACGGGCUUUCUCGAAGCCCUGGUCAAGCCCAAUGUCGAAACUGUCCUCACCGACAUCGAGUGCGCAACACCGUCGGGGCUCAAGCUAAAGGAUGGUUCAGAGAAGACCAUGGAUGUCUUGGUCUGUGCCACGGGCUUCAACCCAGCAUUCAAACCAGCAUUCGACGUGAUCAACGGGGAGGGAAAAUCCAUUGCCGAAGAUUGGAGCCACGGACCUAACCUGUACUUCGGAGUGUCCGCACCAAGAUUCCCCAACUACUAUACCAUUGUCGGGCCCGGCGCGACGUGGUCGAACGGGACCCUGUUGCCUAGCAUUGAAACCACGAUCGAACACGCCGUCAAGCUAAUCCGAAAGAUGCAGCACGAAGGCAUCGCCUCGAUCGAGGUGAAGCAAGAAGCCGUGGACGACAUCUACGCCCACUUGGACGAAUAUCACAAGACCACCGUGUGGCAAGAGGAGUGUCGUAGCUGGUUCAAAGACGGCAAGGUGAAGAAUCGCAUCUAUCUGUGGCCAGGAUCGACCAUCCACUUUUUAAAGUCGAUCAAAGACCCUCGCAUGGAGGACUACAACUUGAAGUACCGGUACAAGAAUCGAUUCGCGUUCCUCGGCGACGGGAGCGUUCGCGCUUUGGCAGAAAAUAAUACGCCGGGCCUGGCCCCGUACAUCAGAUCUACCGACCAUGAGUGGACCGUAGAUUAG